AUGAAGGUGACUGUGUUACACCCACACACAGGCGGUGUUCACGUCUGGGAACACAUGCGAACGAACUGGAUGAAGUACGGAAAGGUCCCACUCAAUCUCUCUGUGUGUCGCACGUUCUCGCUUUCAACGCUCCAGAACUCCGACGUUGUUGUCAUCGGAGACGUUGCGGGAGCGCCUUAUCAGUUCACGCCAGAAGAGAUUAGUGUGAUCCAACAGUACGCCACACUUGGGACUAAAAAGCACUUAUUGGCGACGUACGCAGCUUUUUAUCAUCAAGAAGGACCACAACACAGACUGCAUGUAUAUGAUAACAGGGCACUUGCGCCCCUCUUUGGGAUACCGGCAGACACGCAGCUGACAACAAGAAGGCUGGAAGAGUCAAUUACGUAUGACACUGUGCCAACUAAAAUCCUCUGGGAUGAAAUCCCAAACCCAUUUUUAUCUUACGGUUACUCCUCUUCGCAGGUCCCCUUCACACAGCAAAAAUGGAUCGACGGAGAAAAGACGGUGGUGCCGCUUUUACCAACAGCGUCCGUGGUGGCAAAAUCUCGCGAUGGAGUUUGUGUAAUUGUAAAAAACAUAACCGAGACGUUUUCGUCUCUCUUUGUUUCAAGUAUGCCUGAAUACGAGUCCCUUGUGGGGCAAAACAUCGACUGUCAGUUUCUUUACAACGCGUUUCUAUUUCUUGUGAGACAAAAUGUGGACAUUUCGCUGACCCAUCUCUGCAUUGGCGCACUCAAACCCGAGACCGAUUUGUUCGUUUUGCCUAAGACACUUGUUGAAAUGGUUGCCACACAAAACCCUGAAAGAAAAACGGAGGAGUUUUCGUUAUCUAAUCCGUAA